AUGGUUCAAAUCAGUGAAGUUAAGGGCAACAAGCGCGACAACCGCACGGCGGCGCAUACACAUAUCAAGGGCCUCGGCCUCAAGUCAGAUGGACGCGCAGAGACACAAGCAAGUGGCUUUAUUGGCCAAAUACAGGCUCGCGAGUCCUGCGGUGUCGUUGUCGAUCUGAUUCGAGCUCACAAGAUGGCUGGACGCGGUGUGCUUCUGGCUGGCGGCCCGGGAACAGGAAAGACAGCGCUUGCGUUGGCCAUUAGCCAAGAACUGGGCACCAAGAUCCCGUUCUGCCCCAUUGUCGGAAGCGAAAUCUACUCGACCGAAGUGAAGAAGACAGAGAUGCUCAUGGAGAACUUUCGCCGAGCCAUUGGCCUGAAGGUGCGCGAGACGAAGGAGGUCUACGAGGGCGAAGUCACAGAACUCACUCCCGAGGAGGCGGAGAACCCGCUCGGCGGCUACGGCAAGACGAUUAGCACGCUGCUGAUCGGUCUCAAGAGCGCCAAGGGGCAAAAGAAGCUGCGUCUGGACCCCAGCAUCUACGAGGCUAUCCAGAAGGAGCGCGUUACCGUCGGCGACGUCGUCUACAUCGAGGCCAACACGGGUGCCUGCAAGCGCGUGGGCCGAUCUGACGCCUAUGCGACCGAAUUUGAUCUUGAGGCAGAGGAGUACGUGCCUAUUCCCAAGGGCGAAGUGCACAAGAAGAAGGAGAUUGUCCAGGACGUCACGCUGCACGACCUUGAUGUCGCCAAUGCCAGACCACAAGGCGGGCAGGACAUCAUGAGCAUGAUGGGGCAGUUGAUGAAGCCCAAGAUGACUGAGAUCACCGAGAAGUUGCGCGGGGAAAUCAACAAGGUCGUCAGCAAAUACAUUGACCAGGGUGUCGCUGAGCUCGUUCCCGGAGUUUUAUUCAUCGAUGAGGCGCAUAUGCUCGACGUGGAAUGCUUCACUUAUCUGAACCGGGCUUUGGAAUCGCCCAUCGCGCCCAUUGUGGUGCUGGCGUCGAACCGUGGAAUGUGCAAGAUUCGAGGAACCGACGACAUCGUUGCGGCUCACGGCAUUCCAAGCGACUUCCUGGCCCGCCUGCUGAUCAUCCCGACGGCACCCUACGAGGCUGAUGAGAUUAAGCGUAUUGUCAAAGUUCGCGCGACUACCGAGGCUGUAGCCAUUACCGACGCCGCCAUUGACAAGAUUGCGGAGCACGGCGUGCGCAUCAGUCUGAGAUACUGCCUGCAGCUGUUGACUCCUGCUAGCAUCCUUGCAAAGGCCAACGGUCGCACCCAGAUUGACGUCCAGGACGUGACAGAGUGCGAGGAGCUGUUCCUAGAUGCACGCCGCAGUGCUACGCUGCUCGGCAGCGAAGCAGGAAAGGGUUACCUGUCUUGA